AUGCAACCUGCGCACAACCCCCAACCGCAACCCCCCCUGCCAAGCGGUUUCCCCAAUGAUGUCGGAAAACCCUCAGCAGUGGGCGGCAUCGCGUACGAUCCGACCCUUUUGCAACCGAUCAAAACAAUAUGCGGCGUGCGAAGACGAGUUUUCUAUGUCAUUCUCGCGGUCGCUAUAAUUGCCAUAGUUGCGGGUCUAAGUGCUGGAUUAGGAGUCGCUCUUAGUAAAAACAAUAACAACAGCGCGGCCAGUACAACCAGUGGGGCCGGGGCUGACAGGGCCAGCGGAGAGAAAACAGUGACAGUAACUCAAGGCGCGAGUGCGGGUUCACCAAGUAGAACUACCGAUAACCGGCCUGAUAAUACCUCCGAUGGCCCCGAUGGCCCCUCUAGCACGUCUUCAUCCCUUUCCGAUGACACCCGCUCCAGUACAUCCAUCACUAGUAGGCCUCCUGACGGCCCCGCUCCCACCGAGGCGACCCGCUUCUCCAUAGGCACUGGCUUCUGGACAAUCACAUUUAGCAAAUACUCGACUUCUGGCGAUCUUUGCACUUUCUUCAACGCCCUUCAUCCAGUAUCUACAAUUGUUGAACCUUGGAUUUAUGGUAAUGUUGAAACAGGGUAUAGGGCGUCAUGGGCGCAAACGAGUAGUCAAGUCAUAGUAACAAAUCCGCCGACUACGGUAACCAUUCAAGGCGAGAGAUAUACUGCGACUGCGACUUUUGCGCCUCAAGCUGUUACCAAUGUUCCGGCGUGGGAUUUUAAGAAAUCUACUGUUCCGACGGUUUUUGGUUGCGAGUUUACGGGGUCGGUCCAUUUAUUGUUUGAGGAAACGGGGCGUAUGAGGUAUAUUCUUUCAGUGGACCUAAACGAUGAAUGCACAAUUGGAAGCGAGACGGUGGCGGGAGGAUCCACAUGCUCACUAUAUUGGAGACUAGUUAAGAGCAAUUAA